UUAUUGCAGCCAGUUUGUGUAUAAAUAUAGGUUGAUGUUCACUAGCAGAAUUCAUACACAAGCAGAGUUUGAUUAAAGGAGCAAAAUGAAGAUGGGUGCAAGAGUCACAGCUGUUCUGUUGAUGCUCUCAUUUUUUGCCUCCAUGGUUGGAGCACAGUGGUUGAAGGCAUAUGCUACUUUCUAUGGAGGAAGUGAUGCCUCCGGAACAAUGGGGGGGGCUUGUGGCUAUGGCAACCUGUACAGCACUGGCUACGGCACAAAUACUGCAGCUUUAAGCUCUGUUCUCUUCAACAACGGCAAGAUAUGUGGAGCAUGCUUCCAAGUAACCUGUGACUCGACCCGGGUUCCACAGUGGUGCUUGAAGGGAAAGUACAUCAAAGUUACAGCCACCAACUACUGUCCUCCAAAUUAUGCUUUGCCCAAUGACAACGGAGGGUGGUGCAACCCUCCCCGUGAGCAUUUCGAUUUGUCACAGCCUGCCUUCGAAAGCAUCGCCAUUUACAGGGCAGGCAUCGUCCCUAUUUAUUACAGGAGGGUUACAUGUUUGAAGCAAGGAGGAAUCCGGUUCACCAUUAAUGGAAACGAUUACUUCGAGCUGGUGCUGAUCAGCAACGUUGGUGGGAUGGGAGAUGUGGUGGCAGCAUGGAUCAAGGGCUCUAAAACAGGAUGGGAACCGAUGACCAGGAACUGGGGUGCUAACUGGCAAUCCAACUCUUAUCUCAACGGUCAAUCUCUGUCGUUCAAGGUUCAGAUCAGUGAUGGACAGACACGAACCGCCUACGAUGUGGCGCCUAGCAACUGGCGGUUUGGGCAGACCUUCUCAAGCUCGGUGCAGUUCUGAAGCCCCGGUCUGGUCUCAUUCUAGCUACUUGUGGAUGACUCUGCAAUUUCAUGUUAUACUUUUUCCUUUUUCUGUUUGUACAUGAAGUGCAACCGUGGAAAGGUCAUGAGGGCUAGGUUCUUCUAUUCAAACCCUCCCCGCUUUCAAUUUUGGCCGUGGGAAGACCUAAGAAUUCCAUGAGUUGAUGGGACUUGUGUUUUUCUUUGUUUCAUAUAUAUGUUGUUGCUGUGUGGAAGAAUAUGUAAUAAUAACGAGUCUGUGAUUGCAAGCCCAGGCUUCAGAUAGAAACUUGGCUGUAUUAUAU